AUGGGAACAGCCAAGACCCGGGCUCCUCCGAAGGCCGCCACAGAGCCAAAAGUGACGCGACAAAUACCCCAGAAGACUUUCGUGCUUGACAAUGGUGCAUAUGCAAUCAAAGCCGGCUAUGCUCCCGAGCUACCAUCCUCCGACGAGGCCGCGCUCUCGGCCUGCUCCUCGGUCCCUAAUGCCCUCGUCAAGACCCGUGAUAAUCGCGUCGUUAUUGGUGCACAGAUCACCACGAAUGUGAGCGAUUGGAACGAGGCAAUGUUUCGCCGCCCCGUGGAGAAGGGGUAUCUUGUGAACUGGGAAGCGGAAAAGGAAAUCUGGGAGCAGUCUUUCUUCGAUGAGAAGACGGCACGGAAUAAGAACACUCGAGUGGCUUCCCCCGAGGAAACGACGCUGGUGCUGACCGAGGCGCCCAAUACUCUGCCAACGCUACAGCGGAACACGGAUGAAAUGGUGAUGGAGGAAUGGGGGUUUGGUGGGUCAAUACUGAUAUGUCAUUCAAUUGAAGGCCCGACACUCAACGCCUGGAACGAAAUUCAUACCCUAUUCGGCGACUCGAUUACCCCGAACCCUGAUUCGGUGAUCGCGCCUGCCGAUUGCUUGUUGGUAGUUGACUCGGGCUACUCCCAUACGACUGUGACCCCCGUUUACAAAGGCCAAGCCCUUCAGCGUGGAAUCCGCAGACUUGACAUUGGAGGGAAGCACCUGACAAACUAUCUCAAGGAAAUUGUGUCGAUGAGGCAAUACAACAUGGUGGAUGAGACAUACAUCAUGAAUGAAGUUAAGGAAUCGGCUUGUUUUGUGAGCAAUGAUUUUGCUGGGGAUAUGGAACGGACCUGGCAAGCAGGCCGGAAGCGCCAGGCUGGUUCCGAGGAGGGCGUGGUGGUUGACUUCGUGUUGCCUGAUCCCAAUGCGGGCAAGAAGGGCUUCAUGAGACCACACGACCCCCUUCUACAUGCAAAAAAGAAGAAGGGUGCUCUUUCGGGACUUAGCGCUGAGGUCCUGUCAGAAGAUGUCCUGGUUUUGGGCAACGAACGCUUCACUGUUCCAGAGCUCUUGUUUACUCCAAAGGAUAUUGGUAUGAAGCAAGCCGGAGUCCCCGAAAUCAUUAUUCAAAGCCUGUCUGCUUUACCUCCGGGCUUGCACGCCGCUUUCCUGGCGAAUGUCCUGGUUGUUGGUGGCAAUGCAUUGAUUCCAGGCUUCAUGGAGAGACUGGAAACUGAACUACGGCAAAUAGCCUCGGCUGAAUGUGUUGUGAGAGUGCGCCGGGCUCACGAUCCUAUUCGCUCGGCAUGGCUCGGAGCAUCUCGUCUCGCCAACAACCGAGAAGAAUUGAGCAAGGUUGCUAUUACCCGACAGGAAUAUCAAGAGCACGGGUCUACAUGGGCUGGUCGACGCUUCGCUGGCACUGUGUGA